AUGGACGGUGGGCGACGCAGCCGAGCGCGCGAGGAACACAGCAGCGGGGGGUACGCCUUGGAUUUCACCUCGUCAUUCCACAGAUCUAAGCGUCCGCGGUCGGAAGAUCCUCCUAGUGAGGAGGAGAAAGAGAACAGCAUCUUUGACCCAAGUGCUGAGUCCACCAUCGGCAAUUUCAUGGCAUCUGCUUCGACCACCGCGAGUCUGUGGCGACUGCCGAGGAAUCAGACGCUAGUAGAUAACCAGAACUACUUAAACGAGCAGCUUCAACACGUCGUGGCGCUGUCGUCGAUGCUGGGACCUCGUUCUUCCGGUCCGGAGAAUGGCACAAGGAGGUUUUUGGCCAAGGAGAAGGCUGCAGAAGAUGACGUAGACAAAGUCUGUACAUUAGAUCUAGCGAAGGUGUGGAAGUUGCUGGCUGUGGGGUCGGCGGGUCAGACGGAGGAGCAGAAGAAAGCGGAGAGCGGCGUCAGGGAGGUCAUGGAUCUCGUGAGUUAUCUACUGUACGUUAGGGACCGCGAGCUGGACCAUCAGAAUCGACUGAGCGAGAACUUGGGCAGAGUGGAGAAGCAGCUGGAGAGGAAGAACCACAUCGUGCAGACUCUGACGACAGAUCUCGAGACGUUAAAGCAGAACUUUGCCCAGAAGGAGAACGUAUUCAAGGCCAAAGAGAAGAAUUUGAUGGCUGAAAGGAAGACGCUGCAGAUGGAUAAGAAAGCGCUAGAAGUAAACUGUGCCAGACUGCAAGGUGUGGAGACGGCGUACAAAGCGCAACUGAGGAGAAAAGACGUCGACUAUGCGCGGCUGAAGAAAAGUCUGCAGGAUGCAGUUACACGAGCUGCUAAAGAGAAGCGAGGUAUGGCGAUAGCGAAGACAUUGAAUGGAGUGCGUGAGCGGAAGCAAGCGGCGAUGGCUAACCAGUCGAAGGAGAGCAAGCUUACCAAGCAAAUUAUGGAUAAUCUCGAGCGCAAGAAAGCGGAGCUGCUGCUUGACAACGAAGCGCUUGCCAAGAGCUACGAUACGUUGCAGCACCACUUGGAAUCGCUUACAUCGCAGUACAAGAAGGCAGUCCAACUCUUCCUUGCCCAGUAUGUUGCAAGCCCUGUUACUUUGCCGCUAGAAGGAAAAAACCUGGAGGGCGAUGCUGAAGAGCUUGAGAAAUUGGCUAGCGCUCCUAUCGACGACUUUACCCCGACUCCGUUCAACAUGGCUACGAAAGAAGGCAUUCCCCAGUUCAUUUCAACAUCGAUGGAAGCUUUGGACGAAAAAUUGAAGCAGCUAGAGCACGUCAUUCGCAAUGAACUGCCAUCCGCAGAGGCUCGAAGUGACAAAGAGGUAAUCAAACGAUUGCGACAGAAGCUGGACGACGCCCACGCCAUUGUCAAGGAGCAAGAUCAGCUGCUUCAAGCGUCGUUAUCAUCGCCUGCAAUUGACGUCAGAGUUGGUAAUGGAAAAAGCCAUCAAAGUAUUGCAGCUGAACGACAUGGAUUGAAAAAGCGUGCUACCGAUAUAGCUGGUGCCAGGAGUUCGCCGAGCAUAGCUGCCGAGGAGGAUGUGGCACAGGAAAAGAAUGAGCUGGCUGUGCUUCGCCAGAAUCUAGAGAAAGAACGCAGACUCUUGCAAGAGCAAGCCGUCAAACUUGACAAGGAUCGCUUGGAGUUUGAGAUCGGUAAACGUGAUCAAAUGUUCACUUCAUCCGAUGAUGCUAUGGUAUCUGCUUCCCUUUCUGGUUGCUCAACACCUAAGCGACAACGUCGAGCAGAGAGAUUGGACUUGGACGGUCCAGACUCGCCCUUUGACAUACCAGUUUCUGCCACACCAGGCACGGCAGCUUUGCUUAAGAAGAUCGGGAUCAACGUCCCCACUGAGAAGUGA